ACAAAGAUUUUCUUAUAAUACUUUUAAAUCUUUAACACAAGAUUCUUUAGAAAAUUCUACAAUUCAGUUAGACCCUUCUACUGUGUAUUCUUUAAAUGAACUGAUGAAGUAUGAUGAACCAAUGGAGUAUUAUGAAGAAUCUAAUGAAUAUUCUUUUGAAGAUGAUAUUAGUUACUAUAAUGAACCUGCUAUAUAUUCUUCGAAAGAAUUAGAUGAAGAUAAAGAUUCUUGUGAAUUUACUUCUGAAACUUCUAGCAUUAAUUCUUACGAUGAAUUAAGUAGUAAUAGUUUAUCUGAAAAUGAAUUUUUUGAUGAUAUUGCUGAUAAAGCUUUAGAUUCAGAUAAAUUAUCACAAAAUAUUGAUGAUUUUUUACCAUAUUUUGAAAAUACAACUACUGCAUUAAUGUUUUCUACUAAUGCAUAUGAUAAACUUGUAGAAAUACUUCAUCAUUCCCAAUUCAAUAUUAAUCAUGUGGUUAAGAAUAUUUGGUUCUUUAGACGAUGGAGACAAAGACUUCCUCUUAUGCCAAUAUACUCAAGACCUAUUAGUAUUUCAACUAUGAAGACUUC